AUGGACCGGAGGAAAAAGCCUUUGGAUGUGGCAGCUUCCUCUUUGGUGGAUCUUAAGGCUGAACUCUUUCGAAAACAAGAAGAAUUCAAACAAGAGAAACUUCUGAAAGAUUCUGAAGUUUCAGGAAAACCAAAAACAACCAAUAAGAAACCAAGUAUCUGGAACAAACAGAAUGCAGGAGUUUCCAAACGAGCAGAGAAGGAUGCUGAGCAGAAGAUUGAAGAACAGAAGACUUUAGACAAAGCAAGGGAAAAAUUGGAAGAAAAAGCCAAAUUAUAUGAAAAAAUGACUAAAGGAAACUUUCUAGAUGAAGAAGUAGAAGAUAUGUACCUUGUGGAUUUCACACAGAAGAUCAUAGAUAAGCGCAAAGAAAUGGAAGAUGCAUUUGGUGCAAAUAGAGGUUUUACAAAAGCAGACGAAAGGGAAGAUGAAGAAGAAAAUCUUUCUGAAACAGAGAUACCUCCUCCUCAAGACCCCAGUGAAGAAUGGGUGGAUUAUGUGGAUUCCUUAGGACGAUCCCGGCGCUGUAUGAGAAAGGACUUGCCAGAUUUGUUGGAGAUGGAUAAAAAUCUCCAGGGGAGGCUUUUCAUUAGCCCUGCUAAUGAAAAAACCUUGUUAUCCGAAGAUAUGAGAAAAGAACUGCAGCGCCAGCAAUGGGAAGAAGAAGAGAGGGAGGCUCUCAAAAGGCCGAUGGGACCUUUACAUUAUGAAGACAUUCGUGAAAAUGAGGCCCGGCAACUUGGUGUUGGAUAUUUUGCCUUUGCCCGAGAUAAAGAACUGAGAAACAAGCAGAUGAAAACUUUAGAGAUGUUGAGGGAACAGACAACGGAUCAGAGAGCCAAACGAGAAAACAUAAAAGAAAAGCGAAAGGCUAUGUUAGAAGCCAGACUUUCCAAACUCCGACAAAAAAAGAUGAAAAAAUCUCCAGAAGAUGGAGCAGAAAAAGAAAACGGAGAAGAUGAUGUUAUUGGGCCUUUACCUCCGAAAGCAGAAGCCAUGCCAAUUCCUACACCUGCCCAGAGUAGCAAAGUUGAAGUCAUUGUUCAAGAGAGGAAGGACACUAAGCCUGGAGUUCCUCAUAUCCGGGAGUGGGACAGGGGCAAAGAGUUUUCAUUUGGAACGUGGUCGAAAAGACAGUCAGCUAUCCGGGCUGAGAGAGAUCCAGAGUUUGCCCCACCAUCAGAAUACUUUUCUGGUCAAAAGAGAAGUGGUCCUUUUGGUGGUCAGCCCUGGAACCGAACUGGACCUGCACAGAGUGGCCCGGCAGUGGGCUCCGAGCAGAACCAUGAGCCCAGCACCCCACAGACAUCCUUUACUUCUGCUCCAAAGAGUACGUCACAGACCUCCACUGUCACAUUUGAAACUCUGGAUGAAAUGAUAUCCUAUUAUAAACAAGUGACUUGA